AUGCGAUCGUUUUUAUUAAUUCAUGUUAUCAUUUGUUAUACAUUUGCUGAUUAUAAACCAAAAGCGUAUAAAAUCAAAUUAGAUUUACCACCAGAAAAACGAUGGAACGAAGUCAUAAAAGACUAUAAAAAAUAUAUACCUCAAGUGAAGGAUAUAAUGAUUUCUAAUGCGCCUUCUCAAAAAAAGGAAAAUUCGGUUGUCGAUUAUCGUGCUUGGAUAUCAUUAAAAGAACGGAAAAGUAUUGCUGAAGUGUCAGGUAUCGAAUACUGUCACAUGGUAGGCCUUAAUGUCCUUUAUGAUAUCACGAAUUUUAACGAAAUGAUUGGUUCCUUUAUUGGUUGCUCAUCUGUCAUAAUUCAAGAUGAAAAGGGUCAUAUUUUUCAUGGAAGAAAUCUAGAUUAUGGGAUGACCGAUUUGCUGAAAAAUUUAUCGAUUAUCGCAGAAUUUACGAGGAAUGAUAAGGUUAUCUUUUCAGCCUUAACGUUCGCAUUCUUUUCUGGAGUAACAACUGGACAAAGGCCAAAUGCAUUCACUCUAAGUCUCAAUGCAAGAAUACUUAUACGUGCUUCAAACAUUUUCAGAGCAUUUCAUCUUGCUUAUAUUUUUGAAUGUUUCGAGUUUCGUUCAAGACAGUUCUACAUUAUGAGGCGUUUCCUGGUCCUUACAUCAGCAGCCUCAGUGUCUUCCUUUGUCCAUCUUACAAUGGCAGCUGUGUACCUAAUGACUGAAAAAAAGGAUCAGAUUUUAGAAACAGGGUGGUAUAUUUUCAAUAUAUUUAUGGAACUUUAUACACAAUUCCGCCUACCAAUUGGAGUUAUCAUGCGUCAGACGCUACAAGACUUUACGACGUAUUUUGGUGCAGUAAAUUAUUUAAAUAAUGUGCAUCUCAUUGCACCAGCAUAUUUCAUAUUAGGUGGACCUCGAAGUGAUGAAGGUGUUCUAAUUACAAGGAAUCGUUGGAGUGCUGCAAAUAUUACAAAAAUUAAUUCCAGCCGUAAUACAUGGUUUAUUUUUCAAACAAAUUUUGAUCAAUGGGCAAUUGAUGAAGAUGGUCGAAGAUAUACAAUAACUUCAUCAGUGAUGUCAGCCGCUGAUCCGCAAUUAUUUUACUUGACAACGAUGCUGUCAAUAAUAAGUCUGAUUUUCGAAGUUAUCCUGCAUACAUUAGGAAAUCCUCUUUUUUAUUCCGACAGUGUUCAAACAAAAAUUUUACAUCCAAAUUUGCUUUUAUACUCUCAAACUGCUCAAGCAAGCAUUGCUCAACCUAUUCCUGAAUAUAAAGCCACGCAAAAUGCAAAAAUGCUGGAAAAACGUCGCAGGAGAGUAGGAGAUUCACCCUAUAUUCAUUGUUUUUGGUCGCAGGAAAAAGUAUCGCAAUUUUUACCAUUUUGUCUUGAAAGAGUAAAUAAAUGUAUCACAGAAGCGUGUUGUAAUGAAGCAACCGUCUUACAAAAAAAUUCAUCGAUGCUAGAUUUAUAUACGAUUUUUUGUACUUGUGCGGUGGGAUGUGCGCUAGGCGCUCCCCAUGAACACGUUUGUAUCACUGCCCUUGGUUUUACGGUUUGUAAAGUUAGGGGAAAUGGACUUCCUCCUCUUCCAUAUUAUGAAGAUAUUUAA